AAAACUCCAGAGAAGUAGUUAUACAGUGUUUUAAAUGAGAGUUUUAUCUGUUUAGCUCCAUUCAGCUCCAUGCAUUGAGGAUUCCCUCGCGGGCUCCCUCUAGCGGUGAUGGGGUACAAUGUGAUAUAGCGGGGGAGGGGGCGGGGCUCUACAUAACCCGGAUGAGGCUGAGCUUCCGGGGUUUCUAGCUGGAGAGGAGGAAGAGCAGUAUCAGCUGAAUUACAGAAGAAGUGAAAAUAUUCUCCUGAAGUUCAUCACCAACAACCAGGAUAUUUAACAUAGAGCAAUGUUAAACUGCUGAAAGAGGUGAAGCACAAGCCAUCUUGAAGAAUCUCCAGAACACGCAGUAAUUCUUUUGCUACAUUUAACAGACAAAUGAAGCCAAGUCCCGACAUGGAGAAACAUCAGCACCCUGUCAAGAGUUUUACUAAACAGAGUGAUCUCAAAGAUCACCAGCGCAUUCACACAGAAGAGAAACCGUAUCACUGCUCAGACUGUGGGAAGAGUUUUAAGCGACAGAGUACUCUUAAAAUACACCAGCGCGUUCACACAGGAGAAAAAACUCAUUACUGUUCCGACUGUGGGAGAAGAUUUACUAAACAGAGUGAUCUUAAACUACAUCAGCGCAUUCACACCGGAGAGAAACCGUUUUACUGCUCAGACUGUGGGAAGAGUUUUAAUCAACAGAGUAAUUUCAAAAUACACCAGCGCAUUCACACAGGAGAGAAACCGUAUCACUGCUCAGACUGUGGGAAGAGCUUUAAUCAACAGAGUGAUCUCAAACAGCAUCAUCGCAUUCACACUGGAGAGAAACCGUAUCACUGCUCAGACUGUGGGAAGAGUUUUACUCAACAGAGUACUCUUAAACUGCAUCAACGCAUUCACACAGGAGAGAAACCGUAUUAUUGCUCAGACUGUGGGACGAGUUUUAAUCGAGGGAGUAAUCUCAAAACACACCAGCGCAUUCACACAGGAGAGAAACCGUAUUACUGCUCCGACUGUGGGAAGAGUUGUACUACACAGAGUGAUCUCAAACGACACCAGCGCAUUCACACUGGAGAGAAACCGUAUCACUGCUCAGACUGUGGGAAAAGUUUUACUACACAGAGUGAUCUCAAACUACACCAGCGCAUUCACACAGGAGAGAAACCGUAUCACUGCUCAGACUGUGGGAAAAGUUUUACUACACAGAGUACUCUCAAAAUACAUCAGCGCAUUCACACAGGAGAGAAACCGUAUUACUGCUCCGACUGUGGGAAGAGUUGUACUACACAGAGUGAUCUCAAACGACACCAGCGCAUUCACACAGGAGAGAAACCGUAUCACUGCUCAGACUGUGAGAAAUGUUUUACUACACAGAGUACUCUCAAAAAACACCAGCGUGUUCACACAACAUAUAAACUAUAAAAACUUUACUGAUUUACAGGUGCACUGCAUUAGAUCUAAUAAUAUUCCACUUUAAAAAGUGUGGAUGGGGGAGGGGGGCUGAUGGCAACACCCGCUGCUCGCUGAUGACAGGUAACUGAAGAGCACAUGUAUUCACCUCAGAGUCGCCAAAAGUCUCCAAUAACACCACAAAAACUCGCUAGAUUUGUCGCUAGUCGCUUUUUUACAAAAUAAAGUCGGUAUUAACCGCGAGGCCCAUCCAUACGAAAAGUGAAGGGAAAAACACCACUUGAGACACUCUAGAGAGUGUGCUCCCAAAAGUGAGACCCAGAACCACAGAAUGACGACACUGUGCUGAGAGACAGUCAGCGCGAGUGUGCUCUCUCAGUUUCUGUGCAUCAGGCCACUGUCACGGUUGUAUUUACCGUCCUGCUUGUGCUCUCCACAUUUAUGUGCGUUACAUGCAAAGUAUCAAAACAGGCACCAAUUUUUUUUUUUAUAUAUAUAUUUCCGUACUCAGUAGUGCCAAAGCAUUUUUGAUACCUUUCUGGUAUCGAAAAUCCUGAUUUUAAAGCUCCACUAGGUAGAAUUGAGAUUUUGUGCUCGUGGGCUCCCUCUAGAUUUGUAGAGUGUAAUAAAUGUUUCAGGCCGAUUAGUUUCUCUUUCUCGUUUUCUGGCUUUCACAGACAUAUUCGGUCUCUUUCCAGCUUCUGCCAGAGUGUCUGUAUGUUAGUUUGUAAAGCUUGUAAAGCUGUAAUUUUACUUCUUUAAAAAGAUUAAAAAUCAAGGAAAUCCUACCUAGUGCUGCUUUAACAGGAAUGUCACAACAAUGUCAUAUGAAACACAAAUCAUUUUAUUAAAUCAUUUGAGUUAUUAAAACAA